AUGAAACUCCUCCGCCAGCCAUCGUAUGAGAGUGGAAACCCUAACACCGCCAUGAAAUCCGCUGUCCGCCAUCAUCCACUAACCACUGCUCCCUUCCGACGCCAUCUCCGCCAUCGGCGCCGCAGACCGAGGUUAUCCGCUGCCAGCUUCGUGAUUCUCCUGUGGCUGUCGAUUCAGUGCCGCCAGUCCAUUGCAUUUCCGUCGUUGAUGCCGGCGCCGACGUCCGCUACUCGUGUCCGCCUCUCCAGGAAAGCCACGACCACCGCCUUGACUUCCUUCAUCUACCCGACCUCCGCGGCCAAGCUGCUCCCCAGAUUGAUGAUGGGCUCACCGGAAUCUGCUGCUUGUCACACGCGGCCCGUUGCUGGCGGAGGUCAAGAUCUCGCCGCUGAUUGCAGGGCUAAUGCUGACCAAGGGCAAAAGACAAGAAUGAUCAUUCCCCAGAGCAAGAGCCUUAUUUUGAAUUGGCUUCUUUGUCCUCCCCUCUUCAUCUAUAGUGUAAUCCAUUUCAGCAGCGGACAGCUGCCGUCGACAUCACCGGAAAAUCGCUACCGAGAUCCGCCCGAGCCCAGCCGAGAGCCGAUCGCGAGCCCCGCCCGCAACCGCGCGCAGCCCAGCGCCGUGCCAGAUCCUAGCCGCGAAGUCCCAUGCCGCCUGCCUGCUCGUGCCUGA